UCUUUAAGAUAUCACUUGUAUGAAACUGCUAUUGUUUUUAAUAAUAUAUAAUUAAUUAAUAAAAUAUAAAAAAAAUAAAACACACGUUCACGUUCCUAUUGUCUUUUAAAAUAUAGUUAUAUACUUAAUAAUUAAUAAAAUAAAAUGAAACUUAGGCGAAUAGUUUUCGUUUUGUCGCACAAAUUUUGGCUACUCACCAAUUUCCCUUCUCCACUUCCACAACUCACUGCUUUCCACAACAAACUAGGGUUUUCAUUUCUAACCCUCAAACGGCGAUUCAGUGAGCCAGAGAGAAUCAAAGAUAAAAUAUGGUGAAAUUCCUCGAGCCAAACAAAGUCGUCAUCGUCCUCCAAGGACGCUACGCAGGAAAGAAGGUCGUCAUCAUCAAGAACUUCGACGAUGGAACUCGUGAAUGUUCUUACGGCCAUGCUUUGGUUGCCGGGAUCAAGAAGUACCCAAACAAGGUUAUAACUCAUGAAUCGCGCGUGAAGGCCUUUGUCAAGCUGGUUAACUAUCAGCAUCUGAUGCCUACCCGUUACACUUUGGAUGUUGAUUUGAAGGAGGUGGUUACCAAUGAUGCGCUUUUGAGUAAUCUUCCGAUAAUCCUAAACCAGACAAGAAGAAGCUCGGAGGAAACACCAUCGACUCACCACUAUCGGCCAUCGAUUCACCACCGUCGGCCAUCGAUUCUCCCUCGUCAGCCAUCAAUUCCAACGAACACCGUGACUUCAUUCUUUCUUAUUUUUUAUUUCUUUUUCAGUUCGAUUCUCAGUACGACAUUCUUGUUGUGUUGUUAUUUGUUGUUGUUGCAGGUUAUGAUUGACUAAUUGAUGGAGAAAUGGGCCGAGUUUGUCGUUCAUGUUGUGCCCACCAAGUAUUCGCUACAGGUGCCUCCGGUAAAGUGGCUUUGUCUGAUCAUUCAUCAAAGGAGAUUUCUACUCUGCAGUCGUUGAAGGAGAUGCCUGCUCCGAAGCUGACGGUGAUGGAGAACACCGUUAAGAUAGUAGAUAUCGGAGAUGGGAGUGAUGGCAAUGCAGGUCGUUCUAAGAAGCCUGCAUGGAACAAACUCGCUAACAGAGUGGUCAUCGAGACUGGUCCUGUCAAGGGUGCUGAAUCCUGGCCUGCUUUGUCUGAAUCCACCAAAGUUUCUGCUAAAUCGAUAGCUGAAUCGGACUCCAAAGAUGCUGUUGCUGAUGGAUCAACUUCCACUUCUCAGAUAAGAUGAUAGCCAUCAUCUGGCUUUAAAUGAUCAGGUGUAGCAUGAAUAGCUUCUCCAAUUGUAGUAAAGUUUUUUGUUCCAUCAAGGCUCACCGUAACAAAUUCUCUGAAUAGAAUUCCUUUGUUUUCAAUUUCUUAUAGAAUCCUUUCGGUUCUUGUACAGUUGGAUGAUUUGUUGCAACUGAAUUUUGUUCUAAGAAGGUGCAGCAGAGAAAUGUCACAACUUUAGCUUUUAUUUAAUUUUAAAAAAAUAGAAAAAGAUUACUUCAAUGCAUAAUAAAGAACAUGAAUUCACGUGAGUUGCAUGUCCAGGGUUUUUUUCAUUAUGGCACAAAAAAGAACAUAAAUGCACGUGAUUGAUUAUCAUGUUGUUAGAUACUGCUCUAAAUAUUUAUUGUUUUUGGUUAAGGAUACUAGUGACAAUUUAAGGACAAGUUAGGUUGACUAGAAUUAGUGAUAUAGCUGUGUUUUGAAGAUGUAUCACGCUCAGCUAUACAUGUCAUGGUUAUGAAAUGAAUGUUCGUGAUAUAUGGUGGAAUAAUAAAAGUUACAUUAUGAAUAGUUUUCAAUGUUCAUUUAUGUGUCCAUAAUAGUACAAUGAUGAAUUUGGAUACAAUUAUUUUCAACUCUAUAUAUGUUAUAUGAAAUUUGUAAACAAUUGAAUUUGGUUUAAAAUGUUAUUUGGUAUUGAUGGAUCUUAAUAUGCACACCAAAAGAAUGAUUUUGUGUACAAAAAAAAAUUAAAAAAUGUACUACAAUAGCGUUUUUUAAAGAGUGCUAUUAAUGAAACAUCCUAUAAUAGCACUUUUAAGAGAAAGCGCUAUCAAACAUGUUCCAUUUAUUAGCACUUUCAUACAUGUGUUAUAUAUUAGCGCUUUGUUUGAAAGUGCUAUCAAACAAGUGUCCUAUAAUAGCGCUUAGUUUGAAAGUGCUAUUAAAAUCAAAUAAAAAAUGCGUAAAAUGGCCACUUCGGUAGCGCUUUAAGAGAAACGCUAUUAAAAACAGGUACUUUAAUAGCGCUUUUAAAGUGCUAUUAAACAAAAAACGUUUACAAUAGCGGCGCGGUUAAUAGCGCUUUUAAGCGCUAUCAAAGACAAAAAAAAAGUGCUAUUAAAUAGCUUAUUUGGCGUAGUGAAAGUAUUAUGUUGCAAAUUCGAUUUCAAUGUUUUAACUUAUGUGAUACAAAAUUUGUUUGAGUCAGAUUAAUACAAAUUCUAACAUGACUUAAAAGAUACAAAGAGGUUUAAAUGGAUAGGUUUAAAUUAUGAUUGAAUCAUACUAAUACAAAUUUUGUUUCACUAGUUUAAAUGAAAUGGAUUGAUUGUUAUAGGUUAAAAUUCUAGUAUAAAUAAAACUCUAGUAUAAAUAAAACUACAUUGCAUCAUUUCAUUCAAGUGAAAAAUAAUUUUAUUAAAUUUUGCAUUAGAGUAACAUUACAUGCCCCAUUUGAUUGAUACAUACUAACAUUUGCAUUUAAAAUAACCUGAAUAUCAAAACAGUGAAACAACAAAGAGUAAAAUCUUCCAAAAUAUCUUCCACUUCAUAGUGUUUUUCAUAUCCACUUCUAGUUCUAACAAUUCUUUCAUUAAUUCCUCAAUUGUAGCAUUUUAUUUUUCAUGAUUAUGGAGGUGCUCCUCAUUUUCGUUUGUUAACUUUUUCAACCUCUAUUUUUCUUGUUCAUAAAGUAAUCAUUUUCAUGUUCCACUUCUUCAUUGAACCAAUCGAAAAAUCCACACUCAGUUUGAGUUGAACCAUGUGUACAUUAAGAAAUAAAAAUAAAAUGUUACAAACCAACUUAUUUUUCUAAGAAUUUUUUAGAAUGAUGAAUGAUUAGGGAUGUUUACCUUCAAGUAUGGACAUCCCCAUAAUUGUUUUCCAUAGUUACUAAAUAUUGUUGCCCUCCAAAGAAAAACAAAGUCUCCCAACGACAACUGGAUCUCCAUUGCAGAUUAGAACUUGAGUACACCUUCGAAUUAAAACUCUCAUAACUCUUCUCUUUUUCUAUGGAAGAAAAAUACCCAUAACUCAGUUUUACCUUGAAUUCAAUAACAUCUUUUACAUAUUUAAGUAGGGCUGGCAAAACGGACCCGACCCGUCAGAAAUAUUCUCUUUGCCCGCAAUUUUUGCAGGACGGACUACGAUUUUAGGCUCGCACUCUCUGAUAUGCCCGCCAUGUCCCACUUUUUUGCGGGUUUUUGCGGGCGUGGGCAUUAAAAUUAAAAUUUACUAUUUUUAGGCUUUAACGGUGCAAUGCUCGCGGGCUCGCCCUGCUCCACAUUCAUUUUUUGUGGGAUGGGGCAAGGCUUUAGGCUUGCACCCUUAACAAAGUCUGUCCUGCUCUGCCCUGCCCUAUUUUUUGUAAACUUUUGCAGAGCAGGCCUAAACGAGGAGGGCACGUCCGUUGGCCACCUAUUCAUUUAAGCUAUGAAGACGACAAAUAUGGAUAUUUAUGCCCUAAUUCGAUUUAGGGUUCAUACAUGAGAAGAAACUUAGUGAAAACUGUGAUGCCACACAUGCAAAAAAGACCUCUGUUGUGGGAAAUAGACAUAUGAUAUAUUUUAAAGAAACUAAGUGAUCAAAUUAAUUUUUUUUAAAUUUAUAGACUAAAAUAAACCACGAAUUAAAGAUAAGGGACAAAAACUUUAUAUAACUCCUAAUGAAUGAAUGUAAUAAACAAGGAAGCAAAUUAUCACC